AGUAACUGCAGAGAGCGAUCAUCGGCCCUUGAUUGUCAUCACUUGAAAACCAAUAGGCGAUAUGCCGCCAAGGCUACAGCGUUUUUUCCUGCGUCUGCUGUGUUAUGACCUUGACUUGCAAUUCAUUCCAGGGAAGCAGCUUGUCCUCGCCGACAUGCUUUCGAGAGCCACAAGCAGGCAAGCAGGUGACACCGACAGCGACGACGUGGAAGUCCACGCAGAUGACACCGAUGGAAGGCACCCCUUCACCUGCCGAGGUGUUACAAGGAAGGCGACUGCGAACGACGCUGCCAGAUGUCCGGGCCGUUCAAGAACUACAGGGCCGAAAACAUUGCCAAAGCAACACUUGGAAGAGGACACUAGUGCCGCUGGGAGCAGGCGACACCGUUCGGGCUAAAACAGGGUCAUGGGCAACCAAAGCCCAAGUCCUCAAGCCGUGCAACACUCCCGGGUUAUAUCACGUGGUCACAGAGGAAGGAAAGGUGCUCUGCCGCAACCGCCAGCACCUACUGCCGACCGGCGAAACCUUCUGAAGGCGUACAUGUUCCAACAGCGAUGAGGACUUCGGCGAACAAAAUGCUAAUUAUGCUAAUUGCAGUGGUGGACCCGCCUAUCCACAUGCACCCAAUGCGGCAAGCACCACAGCAGCAUCGAGAUGCUCGACAAGACGACGGCGGCCACCACAACGGUUGACCUAUGACAGAAACUUUGUGCAGGUGUCGUGAUCAGCCUCCAAGCGGUGUGCAAUGAACGUUGCCACUUCAGUACACUGUUAUAUUUGUUAACCUUCUGAUGGAAACUUUUAACUGUUCUGUUUUUUUGUUUUCUCAAACGAAAGAGGAUGUAUCGGGUGAUAUCGGCAUGUACUACACGUGCCGAUAAGUACAAGUUAUAUCGGUGUUGCCCUCUCCCGAUCAAGGCAUGUAUAUAAAGCCUUGCUCAAUAAACAUGAUUCUUCCCGUUACGCUCGGACUGUCAGGAUGUCCCAACGGCACCAAACAGAGACAUGUCAUCGUCAAACAAAACGCGUCACACUAGUACAUGAAUAUGCAUUGAAUUAGCAAAUGUACUAAAGGAAAGCCGCGAAGUGGUCAUGUGUACAA